AUGACCACUCUCCGUGUAGUUCUAGAAUCUUAUGCUAAACAUGACGCGUUUAAUUUUCAUAAGGAAAUAAGUUCUUUUAUUGGCUAUAAAAAGACCAAAUACCAACUCAUAGAUGAACACACUGUCCCUAUACUGGAUAUAAAAAAGAAAAAAAACCGACCAAGCCACUUACCCAAGGACUGGUUAACAUCAUCUUUCAUUACUCUCCCUAAGAAAGCCAACGCCAAAAAGUGCGAAAAAUUCCGAACAAUUAUCCUUAUGAGUCAAGCAAAGAAACUAUUUCUACACAUAAACAUUCACGAACGCAUAAGAGUAAAAUGUGACGAACAACUCGCAGAUAGCCAGUUCGGUUUUAGAUCAGGAGUUAGUACAAGAGAAGCUCUAUUUGCAAUACAGGUUUUGGUGCAAAAAUGUUUAGAUAUGCAGCAGGAUGUUUUUCUUUGCUUCAUCGAUUACGAAAAAGCUUUUGAUCGAGUGUUGCAUGACAGCCUUAUUGCAAUACUACAAAAUAUCGGCUUAGAUGGUAAGGAUAUACGUAUAAUUCUGAAUCUGUAUUGGAAUCAACGAGCUACUGUUCGGGUUGAUAAUGAGGAGACAGCGCAUAUUGAAAUUAAAAGGGGUGUUCAGCAGGGCUGUAUUCUGUCACCUACACUAUUUAACUUGUACUCAGAAACUAUAAUAGCGGAAACAACGAAGCUCAUGGUAAUUUCUAAGAAUAAUUUUGACGACUUUAACAUCACAGUAGCAGACCUAAAACUAGAAAGAGUGCGCAAAUAUAAAUAUUUAGGUACGUGGUUAAACGAGACGUGGAGCAGCGACCAAGAAAUUAAGACCCGAAUUGAAAUGGCUCGAAGUACCUUUAGCAAAAUGAAAAAAGUACUCUGCAACCGUAGACUUAAGAUCUCUUUGCGCACUCGACUACUACGAUGUUACAUCUGGCCCAUAUUUUUAUACGGAUGUGAGGCGUUGACAGUUAAAGAGGACCUCCGAAAACGUAUAGAAGCUUUCGAGAUGUGUGCAUACAGACAAAUGUUGGGCAUUAGCUGGACUCGCAGAAUAACGAAUGUGGGAGUUCUGCGACGAGUCGACCAAAAGCGUGAACUUAGGCAGACCGUCAAAAUGAGAAAAGUCGCAUAUUUAGGGCACGUGCUCAGGCACGAGAGGUACGGACUCCUAAAACUCAUUGUGAUGGGAAAAGUUGCCGGAAAAAGAGGCGUCGGUCGCAGAAAAAAGUCAUGGCUGUGUAACAUCCGAGAGUGGACAGGAAUCGCGAGUGCCGUCGAACUGUUUCGUCUCGCGAAGAAUAGAGCGGAGUUCACUAAGCUGACUGCCAACCUUCGCUAG